UUUAUUACUGCACAAAAAAGUUGGCAACAUAAAACACGGAUGUCAAUUGUCAUUUACUACACGUACAAAUACUGGGACGAGUACCAUUUUUGUGCCUUUCGCCAGUACUUAGUAGUACUAGUCGGUUUUCAUAUUGCUUACGUAUACGUUGCUGUUACACAAAGGUGCUCCAAAUAACGUCCUUGAAGAGUAAGAUAAACCUCAAAAAUGGAUACUUCUAUGACAGGAAGAGACAUAAGAAAAACUUUUAUCGACUUUUUUAUUGACAAGGGUCAUAGAUAUGUCCACUCUUCAUCCACCAUACCCCUGGAUGACCCGACUUUACUAUUUACAAAUGCAGGCAUGAAUCAGUUUAAACCAAUAUUUUUGGGAUCCGUAGACCCAAAUUCUGACAUGGCCCAAUACAUAAGGGUGGUAAACACUCAGAAAUGCAUAAGAGCGGGUGGUAAGCAUAAUGAUUUAGAUGAUGUAGGCAAAGAUGUUUAUCAUCAUACAUUUUUUGAAAUGAUGGGUAAUUGGUCUUUUGGUGAUUACUUUAAAAAAGAAAUAUGUGCAUGGGCAUGGGAGCUUCUGACGGAAGUGUAUAAAUUGUCUGGAGAUAGACUAUAUGUUACUUACUUUGGUGGCGAUCCUGCAUCGGGUCUUGAGGCUGAUUUGGAAUGUAAAGAUAUAUGGCUUAAGUUGGGACUUCCGGAAUCACAUAUUUUACCUGGGAGUAUGAAGGAUAAUUUUUGGGAAAUGGGAGAAACUGGCCCAUGUGGGCCAUGUUCUGAAUUACAUUACGACAGGAUUGGAGGCAGGGAUGCUGCACACCUUGUCAACAUGGACGAUCCAGAUGUUUUAGAAAUUUGGAAUUUAGUGUUCAUUCAAUUUAAUAGAGAAUCUGAUGGGUCAUUGAAAAUGCUUCCAAAGAAGCAUAUUGAUUGUGGAUUGGGGUUAGAAAGAUUAGUUUCUGUAAUUCAGAAUAAAAGGGCCAAUUAUGACACAGACUUUUUUACUCCUCUGUUUAAAUCAAUUGAAAUAGGAACUGGUGCUAGACCUUAUUCUGGCAAAGUAGGUGCUGAUGAUGUGGACGGAAUUGAUAUGGCAUACAGAGUUUUGGCUGACCAUGCAAGAACUUUAACUAUUGCGCUUUCGGAUGGCGGCUGCCCAGACAACACAGGAAGGGGAUAUGUACUUCGAAGAAUUUUACGUAGAGCUGUCCGUUAUGCCUCCGAAAAAUUAAAUGCGAAACCAGGAUUUUUCGGAUCAUUAGUUUACACUGUAGUUGAACUUUUAGGAGAUGUAUUCCCGGAAAUUAAAAAGGACCCUGAUUCGCUUGUGCAACUUAUUAAUGAGGAAGAAAUUCAAUUUUUAAAGACCCUUACUCGUGGAAGAAAUUUGCUUAAUAGGACUAUGGAAAAACUUGGCACCUCGAAAAUUAUUCCCGGUGAUGUUGCUUGGCGUCUUUAUGAUACAUAUGGUUUCCCCAUAGACCUUACUCAACUUAUGUGUGAAGAAAAAGGUCUUACUGUUGACAUGGAAGGAUAUGAAGCCGCCAAAAAAGAGUCUCAAUUAAUAUCUCAAGGCAAGGCUGCAGGACAAGAAGAUUUACUUGCCUUAGACGUACAUGCUAUUAGUCACCUGCAAGAAACAGGAAUCCCUGCAACUGAUGAUUCACCGAAAUAUAAUUAUUUACCAUCUUCGACUGAAAAGGAAGCUAUAUACACCUUUGCUCCAUGCACAGGCACUAUUGUUGCACUUAGAAGAGAUAAACAAUUUGUACAUGAAGUUACAUCGGGUCAAGAAUGUGGUAUAAUUCUAGAUCGUACAAAUUUUUAUGCUGAACAAGGAGGUCAAAUAUUUGAUGAAGGAUACAUGGUAAAAACAGACGAUGAAAGUGUAGAAUUCUCAGUUAAGAAUGUGCAAGUAAAAGGAGGAUAUGUAUUACAUAUUGGAAAAGUGGAGGGUUGUCUAAAAAUUGGCGACAAUUUAUCAUUACAUAUUGACACCGAGAGACGAAGACUUGUUAUGAACAAUCAUACCGGCACCCAUGUUCUUAAUAAUGUAUUGAGAAAAGUUCUAGGAAAUGACUCCGAUCAACGUGGAUCCCUUGUCAUGCCUGACAGAUUACGAUUCGACUUUACAAACAAAGGGCCAAUGUCAGUAAAACAAAUAAAAGACACAGAAGAUCAAAUUAAAGAGAUAAUAGAUACAAACAAAAUUGUAUAUGCUAAACAUACAAGCCUUAGUGAGGCCAAAAAAAUCAAUGGUCUAAGAGCUAUGUUUGAUGAACAUUACCCUGAUCCAGUUCGCGUUGUUUCAGUAGGAAUACCGGUUGAAGAGUUAGUGAAAAACCCGGAUGGCCCAACUGGAUACGAAACAUCUGUAGAAUUUUGUGGUGGUUCUCAUUUGCACCGUACUGGUCACAUUGGUGAUUAUGUGAUAGUAAGCGAAGAAGGAAUUGCAAAAGGUAUACGAAGAAUCGUCGCGUUGACAGGACCCGAAGCGUUGAAGGCCAUAAAUAAACUAAGUCUUUUAGAAAACGAAGUCAACAAUAUUGCUGAUUACAUUAAAGAACAAAGUGAUAAUAUUAAUCAAAAAGAAGUAACAAAAAAAAUUGUAGAUCUCACUAACGACAUUUCUCAAGCACAAAUUUCUUAUUGGAAGAAGGAAGAAUUACGGACAAUGCUAAAGAAUUUAAAGAAGCAACUUGAUGAUAAAGAGAGAGCUGCAAAGGCUAUCACUAUUACUCAGGUGACAGAAAAAGCAAAAGAAUUGUGUCUAGAAAAUAAAGAAGCAAAAUACAUUGUUCGCGAGUUGAAAGCUGACGGAAAUACAAAAGCUUUAGACGGUGCGUUAAAACAAGUGAAACAGUUUUGUCCCAAUACUGCAGCUAUGUUCUUUUCAGUCGAUCUUAAUGCAAACAAAAUCUUUUGUUUGGCUGCUGUACCCAAGAGUCUUAAUGAAAAAGGCUUAUUAGCUUCCGAAUGGGUCCAGUCUAUCGUUGAUAUGAUUGGCGGUAAGGGCGGUGGAAAAGCCGAAUCUGCUCAAGCAUCUGGAAACAAUCCGAGUUGUCUCAACGAAGCUAUAAAAGUGGCUGAAACUUAUGCCAAUUCUAAAGUUUAAAAUAGUUUUUGGGGUUUUUACUGCUUUGUCAAAAUGUUCGAUUACACCGUUUAGAGAUAAAAUUGUAGCAUAUUUUCAGCGUGCAUAAACUUGUUUUUUUUUUAGUAUAUGCGCGAAAUUUCUCGUCGACCAAAUCGCUUAUUGGUUCGCUGUUUGCAUAAAAAAUAUUCAAUAAACACGAUGGAAGAGAAGGUUAAAACGAGAUAAAAAAAAAAACGAGCUUAUCCGCGUUAAAGCUGAACGCAACACAUACAUGUCCUUAAUUUAACAUAAAUAAUGUACUCAGUUGUUGUAAACAAUGAAGUUCGAAUAAAUAUAUUUAGAGUUUUGUAA